UCAAAAAUGAAUAUAUAGGCAUUUCAUCACUUAAUUUCAUGAAAGUUCAUCAUAAACUGUAACAUCACUCAUUUCAAAUCUUAAAAUUGAUUCACAGUGAUGUGCCCCACUACUAAAAAUCAGGACUUAAGUCAAUCCAGACCUGUAGCAGUGGGGGGAAACACGUGACCUGUAACAGAUAUGGAGAUACUGAAAGUCGAAAGCAUCAAACUUACCGCGAGCUGGCACAUUCCCCCGCCAUUAUCCGACUUUUAGUGUUCCCAUAUCUGUUACAGGUCACGUGUUUCCCCCCACUGUGUAGGUACAGAUCGACUAGAGGACUGGCAAUAAUUCCAGUUCCAAUGGUUCAGAAUCAUGUGGACCCAUAUAUACUUCUAAAUUCUUUGAAAAGAAUGUUUAUGUUUAAUGAUUCAUUGAUUCUCAUUAUACAUAUGUGGUAUGUUUAGUUAAAUGGCAACUAUGGGAAAUGCAACAGUUAUUUGAAUAUAUGGAUGGUGAUUGGUUUCAUGAAUAAUUCGUAUCAAAGGACUCGAGAAUAAUUAUGAAUGUUAACAAAUAUGUAAAUUAUUCAUAAAAGUUCAUGAAGUUUAUUUGAGAUAUUUGAUAAAAAUGAUGAAUAUUUCCCCAUGAAGCUCAUGAAUACCAUAUCUCAGGGUAGCCAAAAUUUCCUCUGGCCCUGACAUUAGAUAUGGUGCCAGAGGAAACUUUACUAAUCUCUGGGGUACCUAGUAGUAUCCUUACCACAUCAUAUUUUAUUUUUAUUUUAUUAUUUUUCCAUAUUUUGUAAUUUAAUUGAAACCACAAACUUGAAUAAAAGUUUUGAUUACCAUCAAGGUCCUUAAACUUCUUUUCUUAUUUUUUUAAGAUAGUAACCGACACCAGCAUCACCUGUGAUCACAGAAUAAGUAGUAGUCAUGGGUGCGUUUGCAUCUCUGUUCAAAGGACUAUUUGGUAAAAAGGAGAUGAGGAUAUUAAUGGUUGGGUUGGAUGCUGCUGGUAAAACAACAAUUCUGUACAAAUUAAAGCUCGGAGAAAUUGUUACAACCAUCCCAACUAUAGGUUUCAAUGUCGAGACUGUAGAAUACAAAAACAUUAGUUUUACUGUGUGGGAUGUUGGUGGUCAGGACAAGAUCAGACCUCUGUGGAGACAUUACUUCCAAAACACACAAGGAUUGAUAUUUGUGGUGGAUAGCAAUGACAGAGAGCGUGUAGGAGAGGCCAGAGAAGAGCUGAUGAGGAUGUUAAAUGAAGAUGAGCUAAGGGAUGCAGUGUUAUUGGUGUUUGCAAACAAACAGGAUCUGCCGAAUGCCAUGAAUGCAGCAGAGAUCACUGAUAAACUUGGACUCCACAGCCUGAGAAACAGAAACUGGUACAUUCAAGCAACAUGCGCCACAAGCGGUGACGGUCUAUACGAGGGACUUGAUUGGGUAUCCAAUCAACUUAAGGGUCGGAAAUCAGUCACAGGUUUGUUGGUGGGUUUCAAAUCAAGUUUGAACCGAGCUGCAGACAAUUGGGGCCAACAGGCAGACCAGUUCUUCAGUUUUGUUCGCUAUCAGGCCACCGCUCCAUCAAUAUUCCUUAACUUGAAAGUAGUAGUCAUGGGUGCAUUUGCAUCUCUGUUCAAAGGACUUUUUGGCAAACAGGAGAUGAGGAUAUUAAUGGUUGGGUUGGAUGCUGCUGGUAAAACAACAAUUCUGUACAAAUUGAAGCUUGGAGAAAUUGUUACAACCAUCCCAACUAUAGGUUUCAAUGUCGAGACUGUAGAAUACAAAAACAUUAGUUUUACUGUGUGGGAUGUUGGUGGUCAGGACAAGAUCAGACCUCUGUGGAGACAUUACUUCCAAAACACACAAGGAUUGAUAUUUGUGGUGGAUAGCAAUGACAGAGAGCGUGCAGGAGAGGCCAGAGAAGAGCUGAAUAGGAUGUUAAAUGAAGAUGAGCUAAGGGAUGCAGUGUUAUUGGUGUUCGCAAACAAACAGGAUCUGCCGAAUGCCAUGAAUGCAGCAGAGAUCACUGAUAAACUUGGACUCCAAAGCCUGAGAAACAGAAACUGGUACAUUCAAGCAACAUGCGCCACAAGCGGUGACGGUCUAUAUGAGGGACUUGAUUGGUUAUCCGCUCAACUUAAGGGUCGGAAAUGAUAAGUUGGCAGGGAUGUGUAAUACUAUUUUACUGAAAUGUGUUAUACUAUUGGAGAAAUGUUUGUCUCAGAAGACUUUCUGCAGGGGGUGAAAAUUCUCAUUAUUUCUUAAGUCAUUUUUUUUUCAGGAAAAAAAGAGAAUCUUAAUAAAUUGGAAUACCUGCUUGUUACACUUUGAAUUUUUAUUAAUGUAAGAAAGUAAAAUGAAUCAUAUUAAGAAAUAAUCCAGUUAUAAAAUGAAUGCUAGUACAUGUAUUUGGCUCUGAUGCCCAAUUAUUAAUGGUUUAAGUUUACAAAAAUGUUCUGUAUUUGUUAAGUUACCUGUUAAGAUAAACAUCACAUUAACUUCAAAUGACAGGAAAUCUUUUUUUUUUAAAUUUUACAAGGGAUGCUUGUUUAUUUACUAUUUUGUAUUAUU